UGAUGGCAGUGAAGGACGAUGAUAAGUGGAGCGAUAAAUUACCUCUUGUACUUCUUGGAAUACGUUCGACAAUAAAACAAGAUAUCAAAUGUUGUCCAGCAGAAUUAGUUUAUGGAACUACUUUACGACUACCUGGAGAAAAUUUCAACCCAGCCACUGAAGUUCCAGCUGACGAAACUACUUUUGUACAACAACUGAGACAACAUAUGAGCCUUUUAAGAUAUCACCCACCGCGACAUCAGCUCAACCAAGCAUACAUGCCUGAAAAACUAGAAAAUUGCACGCAUGUUUUCAUACGACACGACGGUAUAAGGAAACCACUUCAACCACCUUAUGACGGACCAUUCAAAGUAAUAAGCAGAACAAGCAAAAUCAUCACUGUCGAACGCGGAGGAAAACACGAGAUUGUAAGCAUCGAUCGCGUAAAACCAGCUUUCAUGGAAAUAGAGGUGACUGAAUGUUUACCCAAAUCAACAUCAUCUCAAGAUUCAAAAUCUGGUGAUAUUCCGUCUAACAAAACAGAAAGAAUCACAAGAUCAGGCAGACGAGUACAUUGGCCACAAAGAUUUGUACAGACAAUUUAUUUCUAAUUCAUUUCCAUACUACCUUAUUACGGUACUAUUAACUGCAUGUAAGAUAUAAAUCUAUUCCGUAACUCCUUACAAUAACAACCCCAUUAUUAUUCUAAUAAUUU